AUGGAUGCGACGGCGGCGACGAGGCGUCUCAUGAGGCUCGGCUGCUGCAUCUCCGGUGUUCUUGUGCUGUCGUUCCUGCUACCCAGCGCCCUCGCCGAGGAGCGAUUCUACGAGUUCGUGGUCCAGGAGACGGUGGUGAAGAGGCUGUGCGAGACGAGCAAGAUCAUCACGGUGAACGGGCAGUUCCCGGGGCCGACCAUCGAGGUCCACGACGGCGACACGCUGGCGAUCAAGGCCGUCAACAGGGCGCAGUACAACGUGACCCUCCACUGGCACGGCCUCCGGCAGCUCCGGAACGGGUGGGCGGACGGGCCGGAGUUCGUGACGCAGUGCCCGAUCCGGCCGGGGUCCAGCUACACGUACCGGUUCACCAUCCAGGAGCAGGAGGGCACCCUGUGGUGGCACGCGCACAGCUCCUGGCUCCGCGCCACCGUGCACGGCGCGCUCGUCAUCCUCCCCAAGCGCGGCCGCCCCUACCCGUUUCCCAAGCCCGCCAAGGAGUUCCCCGUCGUCCUGGCGGAGUGGUGGAGGAGGGACCCUAUCGCGGUGCUCAGGCAGUCCAUGGUCACCGGCGCGGGGCCCAACGUCUCCGACGCCAUCCUCAUCAACGGCCAGCCCGGAGAUUUCCUCCAGUGCUCCAGCCAAGAGACCAGCAUCAUCCCGGUGGUCGCCGGCGAGACGAACCUGCUGCGCAUCAUCAACGCGGCCAUGAACUCCGAGCUCUUCGUCUCGCUCGCCGGCCACAAGAUGACCGUGGUGGCCGCCGACGCCAUGUACACCAAGCCCUUCGAGACCACCGUGGUGCUCCUUGGUCCCGGACAGACCACCGACGUCCUCGUGACCGCCCACGCCGCCCCUGGCCGCUACUACCUCGGCGCCCGCGUCUACGCCUCUGCUCGGGGCGUCCCCGUGGACAACACCACAGCCACCGCCAUCUUCCAGUACAAGAAGGCAGCCGCAGGGGCAGGCGCUGGAGCACCAAUGUUCCCUGCUAUGCUGCCGGCCAACAACGACACCAAGACGGCCACCGCCUUCUCCAACAGCAUCCGGAGCCCGAGGCCGGUGAAGGUGCCCGGGCCGGUGACGCAGGAGGUGUUCACCACGGUCGGGUUCGGCCAGUUCAGCUGCCGGCCGGGCCCCUUCUGCCAGGGCCCCAACAACACCCGGCUGGGCGCGAGCAUGAACAACGUGUCGUUCCAGCUCCCCAGCGCCGUCUCUCUGCUGCAGGCGCACUACGGCCGCAUCCCCGGCGUCUUCACCGACGACUUCCCGGCUCGCCCGCCGGUGGCCUUCGACUACACCUCGCAGAGCGUCCCGCGCGCGCUGUGGCAGCCGGUGAAGGGCACGCGGCUGUACCGCGUCAGGUACGGCGCCGUGGUGCAGAUGGUGUUCCAGGACACGGGCAUCUUCGCGGCGGAGGAACACCCCAUGCACAUCCACGGCUACCACUUCUACGUGCUCGCCACCGGGUUCGGCAACUACGACCCGAGGCGGGACGCGGGCAGGUUUAACAUGGUCGACCCGCCCAGCCGGAACACCAUCGGCGUGCCCGUCGGCGGCUGGGCCGUGGUGCGCUUCGUGGCGGACAACCCGGGGGUGUGGCUGGUGCACUGCCACAUCGACGCGCACCUCUCCGGCGGGCUCGCCAUGGCGCUGCUGGUGGAGGACGGCAAGGGGGAGCUCCAGGCCACGGUGCCGCCCCCGCUCGACCUGCCCAUCUGUGGCCUCUAA